GUGCAGGGAGGCCGUCUGUAGGUUUUUGGUUUUGCUUUUUAAUGUGAAAUAGUUUUCAGGAAAGGUCAUACCAAUAAACAUUAGGUGGUGUUUCAAAAAAAACUGCACUAUAGACAUAAGGUAAUGGCUUCUUUUUUCCUUUCAUUUCUUUCAAAGGUUUGGGCCCCAUGGGAUUCCUGUGACAGUAUUUCCCAAGAGGGAAUACAAGGAUAAACCUGAAGCCAUGCAGCUCCAAAGUCAUACAUUCCAAGAAGGAACAGAGGUGAAGCGUGAAGUGAAUGGUGCUGUUCCCGAUGACCCUUCUCCUGUCCCACCUCCCGAGCUGAACUUGGCUGAACGCCUGUGGACUUCCAAACCACCACCUCUCUUCCAUGAAGGAGCACCUUAUCCUCCCCCUUUGUUUAUCAGGGACACAUAUAACCAAUCAAUACCUCAGCCGCCGCCUCGGAAAAUUAAGCGACCCAAACGAAAAAUGUACAGGGAAGAACCUACUUCAAUAAUGAAUGCUAUUAAAUUACGGCCCAGGCAAGUCUUAUGUGACAAAUGUAAAAACAGUGUUGUUGCUGAAAAAAAAGAAACCAGAAAAGGUGGUAGUGCGAGUGACUCUUACAAAUACGAAGAUAAAAAACGGAGAAAUGAAAGUGUAACUACUGUGAACAAAAAACUGAAAACUGACCAUAAGGUGGACGGGAAAAACCAAAAUGAAAGCCAGAAAAGAAACGCUGUGGUGAAGGUUUCAAAUAUUGCUCACAGCAGAGGCAGAGUAGUCAAAGUUUCUGCUCAGGCAAAUACAUCAAAAGCUCAGUUAAGUACGAAAAAAGUGCUCCAGAGCAAGAACAUGGAUCACGCGAAGGCUCGGGAAGUGCUGAAAAUUGCCAAAGAAAAGGCACAGAAGAAGCAAAGUGAAACCUCUACGUCCAAAAACGCACAUUCAAAAGUCCAUUUCACACGUCGGUAUCAGAAUCCUAGCUCAGGGUCCCUUCCACCCCGGGUCCGCUUAAAACCGCAGAGGUACAGGAAUGAAGAGAACGACUCUUCCCUGAAGACAGGGCUGGAGAAAAUGCGGAGCGGCAAGAUGGCGCCCAAGCCCCAGUCCCGCUGCACCUCCACCCGCUCAGCAGGUGAGGCCCCUUCAGAAAAUCAGAGCCCCUCCAAAGGCCCUGAAGAGGCCAGCAGUGAGGUUCAGGACACAGCUGAAGUGCCGGUGCCUGGGGAGCAGGAUGAACCGCAGACACUGGGCAAAAAGGGCAGCAAAGGCGAGCUCUCUGUUUACAUGCCCCUAAAUCAGAAGAAGUCUGACUCUUCCAGUGCGUCAGUGUGUAGCGUUGAUAGCACAGAUGACCUGAAGUCCUCCAACUCUGAGUGUAGCUCUUCCGAGAGCUUUGAUUGUCCUCCAGGCUGUAUGCACGCACCUUCCACCUCCUCCACUUCCUCCUCUUCAAAGGAAGAGAAAAAGCUCAGUAAUUCCUUGAAAAUGAAAGUCUUUUCCAAAAACGUCUCUAAAUGUGUCACACCAGAUGGCAGGACCAUAUGCGUAGGGGACAUUGUUUGGGCCAAGAUAUAUGGCUUCCCUUGGUGGCCAGCCCGUAUUCUCACUAUAACUGUGAGCCGGAAAGAUAAUGGCCUCCUAGUCCGACAGGAGGCCCGUAUUUCAUGGUUCGGGUCUCCAACAACAUCUUUCCUGGCUCUUUCGCAACUCUCCCCCUUUUUAGAAAACUUCCAGUCACGCUUUAAUAAGAAGAGAAAGGGCCUGUACCGCAAGGCCAUCACAGAGGCAGCCAAGGCUGCCAAGCAGCUGACCCCUGAGGUGCGGGCUCUGUUGACACAGUUUGAAACGUGAGCACGGACAGUAAGCACAGAGACAUUAGCAGGCCGCUUGUUUCAUCGGACCUGUACCACAAUGACACAGAACACCUGAGCGUCAGGACUGAAAUGAAAUUGGAGACUCAGAUUUUUAAAGCUGCACUAAGAAGUUAAUGUUCAGGCAGUGGUUAAAACCAAGUCUAUAAUGGGGCACUUGCAAACCGUGCUGUAUUAAACUGAAGAAAAGGUAUUAGGGGAAUAUUUUAUAAAAAGUAAACUAUUGCAAUAAGUUAUGCAUCAGAUGAGAAGAGCGAUGUGAGAUACGCAAAGACCUCUCUCGAAUUUUACGUAUGAAGAAUCACUGACAGUAACUUCUUUUGAACGUGAAGUCCUUUUCAGUACAGCCUUGGACAGGCCUAAAAGGCAUGGGAUGUUGACAGAAACGCUGAAUUAUUUGUCAUACAAAAACUGCUUUCUCCGAGGUUUAUGUUCAUUAGUUCAGCUAUGAACUAAGAUAAUUUCUAAAACGGCUCUCCUGUGAAACAGCAAUAGUCGCAAACGCCGAGGCCAGUGAGCCCACCAGGGUGUCAGUGGGAUCAGCAGGAAAGAUGACCGAACAUCCUACAGGGAUGGCAGUGCCCCACCCCCCACCCCGCCAAGAACAUUUGCAUCUUUUCUUCAGUGAAGCAGGGCCAGGGCUAUAUUAUCUUAAAUACACGUUUGCUUGUUAGAUCAUAUUAAGAUGUAUUUAUUUGCCACCAGUAUUUAACGUUUUGUGCACAUUUUCAUGACUACAUUCUUAUCUUUCAAAUUCUGACUCAAAGUGGAUAGGCUAGUGUUGAUCUUGGAGUGAAAAUAUACUGAGAGCGAGUCUUAAUCCUACUGCGCUGGAGAGGCGUUUGAGCUUCUCCCUGUCCUUACUGAUUUGGUCUAGUUCAGGAAAGGUGACAAUGUCUGAAUUGUCUGACCUCUCUCCACAGAGAGCUCCUCUUUCUAAGUGCAAGAAAUUCUCGCAGGUGUCAGUGCGACUUGACCCUGGGGAACAAACAGCAGGAAGCAGACCCAUAAGGACAGUGAACGUCUCACGCAUGGCAUAUGAAUUCUCAUUAAUGAAGGCCGUCAUGUUUUUGAUUCUGGAAAAUACAUGUUAUGAAAAAAACCUUAGUUUUUCUUUUUUAAUGAAUGGAGAAAACAUUAAUGAGACAAGCAGAUGGUCCUGUUAGUACUACAUUUUUAAGGCUUUUAUAUUUGAUGGUGCAGUGCUUUUAAUAAUAAAACUAAAGUUUUUUAGUGGCAAUACUGAUUUAUUUUUUAAACCAGAAAGAUAAUCCAUAUUGAUUACUUAAUACAAAAAAAAAAGGAAAAAAUGCCAAAAAAACUUUUAAAAAUACAAAAUUCAUGUGAAGCAACAUAAUAGAAAACUGAGCAUUUGGCUCAAGUGUUCACUUUCCAAUCUUACUAUGUAGGUUUGGAAUCACUUAAUAACCCCACACUCCAGAUUAACAAAAAGUUCUGGGUGAGUUUCAGAAUAUUUACUCUACCUGACAAGGAUUUUACAACUCGAGAAGGAAAGGUAGGCAGUCCUGCUUCUAAUGAGUUAGUGCAAAUCUUGAUUACGACGUAAGUUAUUCAAAGUCUCGAUGGCAUUCUGAAAUUGCCUUUAUGGAAAAUUCCUUAUCAUGAAGUCAUUGUGCAUUUGAUCAGGUCUGAAGAAGUCAGCUCAGAACUGCAGCAGCAGGCGUGCUGACGACGACACGCACGCCAGUGGCCCCUGCUCUCUGGCCCCAGGGUCAAGGCUGGGGUGGUUCUUGCAGACACGUAACCCAGCAGCACCUUUCAGGCUCACGCCCAGAACCAGGUGACUCCCAGGUCACGGCAGAUUUUGUGUAUCAAAAAUUUUAACUAAGCUUUAUAAGUCUGUCUUUGUGCAGAGUGAUGGGAAUGACCAGGAAGUACUAUAAAGGCAAACGAACUGGGAGAGAUCUGGUUUUAAGUGUCUAAUAGUUUUUCUCAUGACAGUAUCUCAAAGCUGUUAUAAAUCAGAUUUUCAUUUUUUA